AUGAAAGACACGAGCUACGAGCCGUCUUUGUGGAACCGAAGGAUUUCGGAAAACGAAAUAAUGUACAAGGAAUGGGGCUUUCACGGGUCAUACGGUCAACAGCGUGUUAACGAUUGGGAUCAAGUCAAACUGAAUCUUUCACGAUUUUCACAAUCCCUUGUUGAUGUUCGAGAGAGAGUUCCGACCGCAGCUAAAAUUGAAAGUCAAGACUGCUUUCAGAGCGAGAGAAAAGCAUUGUCAAAUUGGUCCUCGACAACGGAAAUUGGGACAAGAGAGAUGGAAAGACCCCAAUUUCAAAUUACAAUUGAACAACCAAUUCGACAUGUUACGCCUUCCAGCACAAGCAGCGUUACAUUUCCUUUGUGGUCUAAGCCCCGCGGUCCUUACGGUAAAGGCCGUCGUUCAUCUGACGGUUUACUGGCUACAGCUAUUCCUUUCUCUGGAAGAAAAGCAAUGGUGUUUAGCCCUUUAUCUGAGGAGCACAGCGCGAACGAACAUCGAUCUGCUCAAACUGUUAACAAUUGUAACAGCAGGGUCUCGACGCUCAAUUGCCGCCGAUUUUCCGAUGGUUGCUUUCGCAGUGUUCCAUCGUACAAAGAAUUCAGAAAGGUCAGCGUGGUUUUACCACAGCCCCGGAGAAGCGUGAACGUAGAAUCGGUGGAGGAAAGUAACACUGAAGACUUUCCAGACGAGAAAAAACUACAGGAUUUUGAAAGUGCUGAUGGCAGCGAAAAUGAGGAGGACGACCGUUGGAAGGAAUUAGUGGCAAAGGCACAAGGAUUUAAGAGCGGUGGCGUAAACGGCGCGGGUAAACCAAGAGGAUUGCAAUUGGAAGACGUAAAAGAGAACGUUAGCCGUUCCUCAGAGAUGGAAGAAGCUUACAGCGACAUAAGCAGCGAGGCCUCUUUCUCAUCCUCCAGCAGCUCAUAUCACUCAUCGUCUGACAGUGAUAGCCAGUUUGGUAAUGCGCGAACAUUUAACCCUAUGUCCAGAGAAGUAACGAACUGCAAUUCAACUGAAGGCCACACAAGUGGGAGCUCUAAGGCUGCAGUUAAAAUCCGCCGAGCUUCCAUUCAACCUAAGUUUAACGGUUUCUCAGGGAGCAAUCAUACGCGCAGAUAUUCAGUAGCAACGUUUAGCCCCACGCGUUCGUUUGACGCCACGAACACGGCAAAGCUUUCUGGCUACAGCACGCAAAGCGCGUUAGAACAAGCGCGGCAACUUCUUAGCAGGUUGCAGUCAGAAGGAAAGAACAAAAAUAAGAAAGAGAGACUAGAAGAACUAAGCACAGCACUCAAGUGGAUUCUAGAAGAGCUUAACCGCAUUGAAACUCCAGACAGGCAGCUAGUGAGUUUGUUUAUAAGUUUGCGUGCCAAAAUAGUAAACUUAAAGGCUGAUCUAAAGUCGGAAGAAUUUGAUGCGACCUGUGUCGAUCCUGCUGAAAUCGGCAGCGCCCUACCGAUGCAAAAACUCAUGACCGAAGCCAGCAUUGACAAUGCCUGUUCCAGACGGUUUAGCUGGUGCUGAAAAGAAAAUAUUUUCUGUUUCAGGUAAGUUGUUAAGAAACUUGUUUUUCUUGCACAACACUUGAUAUUGUUUCCGUUUCACGCGUAACAGUUGGGAUAACGCAACAAGGCUUGGGCCCUCAAUGGCUUUAUAGCCGAACAACUUCAAACUGUGCUAGUGUUUGCGUUGCACCUCAAAAUUAAAACAAGUCUCAAUGUACACAAAGAAUAAUAAUGCUUGUUAUCAUGAAGAUUCAGUGAAGAGGGGUAUUAACAUUUUGAUUUCCUCGAAUAAAAUUAAAGUUCUUUUUUAGUCAUUGCCCAGCUGUUGGCAUUAGGGCCCGGGGGUGAAUAAAAUAAUUGCGUGGGAAAACCAUUCUUCCGCGAAAACGGUUAUAAGAGUAAUGAUCAAUUUUUUAACAGCCAAAACAACAUUCAUUGUCUUCUACUCUUAUCAGGAAUUUCCUUUGUUUUGCAAAUUACUCAAGUUCUCUUUUGAAGCCACUAGAUUCAACUCAAACAUACUAAACUGAGUUACAUGUGAUCCAUGACGAUGGUUUUUAAAGGAAACGUGGCCUUUGUCCGUUCGAAAUGGAGAGCAAAUAGAUACUUCAAAACAUAUCAUAGCAUUCUGUGAUUUCCGAUAGCCUGUCAUGAAAUUGGUAAUUUGUUCAUCUUCGUUUUGUAAAUAAGAAGUUAAGACAAUGUUUGAUUUUUCUCGACUUUCUUAACUUCAACAAACGUGUCAUAUUGCAAGGUUAAAUUAGAUCGAAAACGAAAGUGGAAAAUUCGGGAAAAGAUCUUAAGGUUUGCGUGUUUAGGCAGAGUAUUUUCAUUAUACUAAAACAAUAUAUUACUCAAGGGUCACAAGGUUAGGCUGGAGUAAUCUUAGUUCAAAGGAACGCAGUGCAAACAUUUAAGAACAACGUCAAAUUAAUGAGACGUUUUCAAUCAUGUGAUUUGUCUUCGCCUAUCAAAGGAUCGAGACAGGACUUUCCUAUUAGCGGAGGUGGCAUACAAAAAACUUUCUGACGCAAGUUAUAUUGAAUGAGUCAUUUUGGUCGUUUUUAGGAUGUUAGUUUUGUAAUAAGACCACUACCAGUCACUAUUUGGUAACCCAUAAUAUUGCUAAAGGGGCCCAACGAUAAAACUCAUCCAAAGAAAUAAAGGCAUUACCCAAAAUUCUGCCGAAGACUUCAUAGAGUUUUCAUUUUGUUGCUGGUAACACCAUAGAGGAUUUUUUACACAGGUUUUCAAAGUCAGAGAACAAAUAUUCUUGACGUAUAACUCAGUGUAGGAGUGCUUAUAUUCAAUACUGUCGGAAAUGGUACUUCUAGAAGUUGAAUUUAUAAUAGUGGUGCUCAUUUAACUAUUUUUAAUUGAAUGAUUUGUUUUCUGUCCAUAAAGCUGAACACACAAAAAAAUUGUACCUAGAGUUUUUUAUUAAGUAUGCCAAACCUCCUGCGAUAUUUGUUUUAGUUUGUUUUGUUUUAUUUUCUUUUGUAUUUUAUUUCUGCUAUGAGGAUCAUGUCCAGACAUGUAAUGAUUACGAAGCACAUUAAACUGCCUUAUUUCUUUUUCUUAACGUAAAUUCAACUUCUCGUUUUUUUUGUAUCUUGGAAAUUUUAUUUGCGUUCGCACGGAAAAGGAAAUAAUUAGCUCGUUCCGGAACUUUAAUGAUUAUGGUUCAUUCGCGUGUCACCGCGCGCGAUCACACAGUUGCCGAGAUGCUAAGGUGAAAACUGACGUGCUCUUUUUAAUAUCCAACAGCUACCAAAAUAUAUUUGCGACGAAAAUGGACUUAAUACGAGUUAACACAGGCAAGAAACGUGGCAGUAAUUGGCUAGGAAUAAUUGGCUAACCGUCUUAGAGCAGAGCUAAUCCUAUGUAAUUUAUUGUGUAUUUGUGAGUCGGGCAAGAAUCACGUUCUUUCAGUCGUGUGGAUAAAAUCUGAUAUAUUGGCAUUUGCGAAACAAAGUUUUGUGAGUUUAAUCAAUAUAAUCCGACUAUUGUAAUGUUGAGCGCUGAGACUCAUGCUGGCAGGCACGUAUAACUUAUGGUACUGCAUGACUACUUAAAUAGUAGAGGGAAUAUGUUUUUGAUAUAUGCGCUGUGAUCUGUUGGAAAAAAGAGAGCUUCUCAGACUCUUGUCGCCUUUCAAAUAACGGGCUUGAUGAAGAAAUAGGAAAACUAUAAUGAUUUACCGGUCGCUCAAAAGAGUUUUGAGUGACGUGAGAAGAGUCGCAAAUAUUUUACAAAUAUUUUAAACAAAAAACUGAAGAUGGCUCUUUUAAAAAAGCAGGCUCUUCCUUUUACAGUCCUGUUCCAGCUGGUAAACCGUGUUAGUAAAGGCUGAGUACGAGCCAAAGGCCCUGUGAUAUCAGGCUGGAGCUUGUCUUAAUUUCCAUAGCGUGGCGUGAAGCGACUAGGAAUAUUUCUUCUCCAUCCCCCCCCCCCCCCCCCCCCCCCCCCCCCCCCCCCCCCCCCCUUUAAAAGAAGAAGCCCUGUCAUUGUACAGCCGCGUUCCACGUGGUAACCCUGGUUAGAAAGGGUUGUGAAGGAGCGAAAGCCCUGGUGAUAUCUGGCUGGGUUUUUUUUUAUUUCCCAUGGCGGGGGGGGAGCCGCCAGGGAAUUUUUCUUCCCCCUCCCCCCCCCCCCCCCCCCCCCGCCGUACCCUUCUGCACACGUAAGUGCUGUGAGACAUAAUGAGAGUGAAGCUAUAUCCGAACAUUAGGAUUGAUUUACAGCUCCUGAUCGAGCGAAUCAAUUAGCCCGCGAUUUCUCCCUGAAGGGAAGAAAACAGAUCCGAAAGAUCGGCGAAAACCGAACCUUUCCGAAAGCUGCCUCGUCCCCUGUCGUCUCUAUUUAGGUCGCACGCUGAGAACGGAAGGCGCGAAGCGUGACAGAAGGGAGCGCGAGGGGUGAUGGGAAGGAGGAAAACGUCAUCCCUCGCGAUCGCGCUCCCCUUGACCGCCCUUAUCUCAUUGUAGGAGACUGAGAGACGACUGAGGGCGAGUCAGGCCUGAAAAUAUAUCCUCUAAAAAAAGAAUCUCCACGACGAAACUUUUUGAUGGCAGCGUUUAACCUUCAGUCUGUUGAAGAAUUACUGGUUUAAUAGUACUGAGAACAAAAAGGAAUGAAACUCCCCAGUACACUUAAAUGUGUUAAGGUAUUUUACAAGAUUAAAUAUUCUUGAAGACUUCAAACAAAAACUUUCAAAAAAACUUACAUGUAAUGUCUUUAAUCUCUUUAGAUUAUGAAGCGUUGUGCAAGAGGGAUGAGCGUCUAUACGUGACUACUGCAAGUAGAACUUUGUUGGUAUUUUAACAUAAAAUCAACUUUUAAAAAUAUUGGUUGUUUGAUAGACAAGCAGUGACUCUUUAUAAAAGAUAGAAACGUGAGGCACAGCCCAAGUGAUUUUAGACGUCAUAACAAAGUCUGAACUGCUCUAUUUGACCAUAAGAAAACUGAAGUUACGUAAAAGCUACGAUUUAAAGAACUAAUUAGACAUUCAUUUUUUUUCUUUCUGAAUGGUUAGAGGUUUUGAAAUAAGUGAAAAGGUCAUGUAUUAAGAAGGUGAUCUGUUUUCAAAUAGUCUCUUGUUAACUGUAUUUAUGGUUUAGUAAUUAGUAUAUGAAUAAUUUUGGAAAAAGAAAAAGUAGUAGAAAUUAUAGUGAUUCACAAUGUAAAUAGAUAGUACGUGCUAUGAGUUGGAUUUUAUAUAUUAAUUCAGUUGUUUUGUAGGAUAGAAUCCGAUAGCCGUGCUUUUUUAUUGUCACAAUCGUACAACAGACAAAACAGAAAACAACUGUUAUUUUAUCGAUCUCAUAAUUGUUAUUGGUGUACACUUAAGCCGGAUCGAACUACAUAUGUACCUUCUGACUUUCUCCUUUUCUUUACCUUUAAGCGUCUUAGAGAAAAGGAUGUGGGAUGAAGAGCGAGUUAAGGGCUCCACCACUUAA